AUGUCGUCCAAGACACUCUUUUGUGUACUGAGCUCGAGUCUUGCGCUUGGUUUGCUAUCGUAUAAAGGCUUUCAUCGACGACCCGCCUCGAUGUUAAACGACGUCUCUCAUGUCUGUUCGAGCGGGUCUUGUGAAAUUUUGGAGGAAAAGACGCGAUCACCAUCGCCGUCUGAGGCCUCAGGGCAUUCUUCUACCGCCGUCGUGCAUGCCGCGAGCUUCCUAAAUCAAUAUGUAGCCGCUCAUGGGAGCGAUUCGUGGGAAGUUGACUACGAUGACCUUUUACAGUUCGAGUCGACGGUGGCUAAAGGCAAGCCUUGCUUUAGACUCCUGCACUUGAGGGAUCCAUACCCUCCACCUGGUUCGAAUUUAUAUCCAGUGCAUUUUAUGCGAUUAUUAGGCUUCUUCCCCGCUACCACUACGACUGAUGUCUACACUCACCUGACGGAUCUCAAGCUAAGAAGGUUGUGGGAUAAAAAUUACCAAAUGUUUGAGCAAUUCCCCGCGGAUCAGGCUCCGCCAAAGGAAGACCUUCCCAUAGGUGUGGCGGCAAAUCAUCUGGGUAAAGGACUUCCAGGGAUUAUUGGGGAUGAAAUGCGUCGUCCGAUUCAUUUUCUUUCUAAUAAAACCACCCCAUGUUAUGACGGUGGUAUCUCUAAGCUCGUUUCAUAUGUCGAGAGUCGAGCGGUAGAUCGGGGUUGGUUUUGCCAUACCGUGGGGAGCCCCUCUUUAUCGAGACUUGGACUUGCCCCUCGUCUUUUUCUUUAUGAACGCACAAGCAAUCAAUAUUAUUUUGCGGAUUCAGGCAUGGUUCCUAACGAUGCCUCUGAUCCGAAGUAUGAGGCGUUUUGUAAGCAAUCCCCGCUUCUGGUGUAUGACAUUCUUUACACUGGCACUUCGAGGGAUACGGAGCUCGCCACGAGGUCUUGUUCGGCUUUGCAGGAAUGGAUUAAAGCCAUCAAGAAAGGAAUCUUCAAUAAGGUAGAUGUGGAGCUGAACUACCAACACAUCCUGCUAUUACCCAUCAUCGAUUAUGAGCAGCAGAUCCUGAGUGAUCCACACUUCUUGGUAAAACAGCUUUCUGAAUCGGGUAGCAUUAAUGACGAAAAAGCGACACAAACCAUGUACGAAAUAUUCAAGGAGUCUUCUCAAAUUUUAGCAGAUGCGCAAACAGUGAAUUCGUUUACUUCGGAAUGGAAAAAAUUGGGAGGAAAAUCGGGCGUUCUUCUUCUUAUAACCUCUGCCAACAACGUAGGAAUACCCCAAUCUUUACCGCAGUUUGUGCAAACAGCUUUCGUAACAGCCGUUACUAAGCAAGCUUAUCAAAAUUUAAUGAAAGCUUGUCGGGCGAACUCAUCGUAG